AGCUUUGACUCGAGGAGCCGUUAGUCGUUACGGAGAGACGUCUUGUGAGUCGCGAAUUGCGAUUUGUGAUCUGUGGAUUGUGACUGUCAGUCAGUUGAGCGGACUCGGACCGCGCGGUGGCGCGUAGUGUUGGUGCUUGUAGGUUUUUAGUUUGACAGUUGGCGCGUUUUUUCGUUCCUGUUCAAUUAAGUCUUUCUGUGAAAAAUAGAAAUAAAGUUAGUGUACUCGGUGAUUUUCGAUUAACCGUUCGUGUUCCAACAAUACCCUGUGUAUUACUCAUCGCCGGCUGUGAAAAAGUGCUUGCACGCCCAAGUGUACUCUUGCGUAUAAGUGCAGGAUUUUGUGAAUUUUUUCAUCAUCAAACUGUAUUCCAGUGCCUUUUUCCAGUUUCAAGCUAUUAGCGAUAAAGAAACAGGUCGCCACCUGCAUAAUAGGGAGCCAUACGCCGCGGCGGAAAGACGGGUGCGCUACGCACUCGUGAUCUAGUGGGUGGUCGGGCGUGGUGGCGGCAGGCGCCGCGAGCCCGGCACCAUGGCGACGGUGGAGGGGCGGCCCGCCCAAUAUGGGGUGACGCUGCGGCAGCUGCGCGAGCUGAUGGAGACGCGCGGCGCGGAAGGAAUAGCGAAGAUCAACGCGCUCGGCGGCCCACAGGAACUCUGCAAAAAACUUUACACCUCACCCACAGAUGGUCUUAGCGGGUCGAAAGCCGACCAGCAGCACAGGCGGGAAGUGUUCGGUUCCAACUUGAUUCCGCCCAAGCCGCCCAAGACCUUCCUAACGCUCGUGUGGGAAGCUUUGCAGGACGUCACGCUCAUCAUCUUGGAGGUGGCUGCUGUGGUCUCGUUGGGCUUGAGUUUCUACAAACCGUCCGAAGACGAAAGUGAUAUUGGGCACAUUGAUGAAGAAGAGGGUCACUACCAGUGGAUCGAGGGUCUCGCUAUCUUAAUAUCAGUUAUAGUUGUCGUCAUAGUUACAGCGUUUAAUGAUUACACGAAAGAAAGACAGUUUAGAGGUCUCCAGUCUCGGAUAGAAGGUGAGCACAAGUUCGCUGUGAUACGAGGCAGCGAAGUAAAGCAGGUACCGAUAAGUGAUAUAGUGGUGGGGGACAUCUGCCAGAUCAAGUAUGGAGACCUUCUACCCGCUGAUGGCUUACUGCUGCAGAGUAACGACUUGAAGAUCGACGAGUCUUCGUUAACGGGUGAAUCGGACCAUGUGAAGAAGGGAGAAUCGUUUGAUCCCAUGGUGCUAUCCGGUACACACGUUAUGGAAGGCUCGGGAAAAAUGCUAGUGACCGCAGUGGGAGUGAACUCGCAAGCCGGAAUUAUUUUCACCCUUUUGGGUGCAGCCGUCGACAAGCAAGAGAAGGAGAUCAAGCAGAUGAAGAAAGAAGCCAAAAAGCAGCGCAAGGAGACGCAGCGCAAGAGCCUCGCGGACGGUGGUUUAGGUGACGACGACGCGUUGCCGGCCGCCGCGAACCACGCCCACCCCGACGACAACCACGUCGCUCCCUCCGGAGACAAACCGGCGCCGGAGGCCGCCCACAAGAAGGAGAAGUCCGUGCUGCAGGCGAAGCUCACGAAGUUGGCCAUUCAGAUCGGGUACGCCGGGUCCACGAUAGCCGUGCUGACUGUGAUAAUCCUCAUCAUCCAAUUCUGCGUGCAAACGUUCGUGAUAGAGCAGAAGGUGUGGAAGGCCACCUACAUCAACAACCUGGUCAAGCAUCUCAUCAUCGGAGUGACCGUGCUGGUUGUGGCCGUUCCUGAAGGUCUGCCCCUGGCCGUCACCCUGUCGCUCGCUUAUUCGGUCAAGAAAAUGAUGAAAGACAACAACCUGGUCCGCCAUUUGGACGCCUGCGAGACCAUGGGCAACGCCACGGCCAUCUGCUCGGACAAGACCGGAACCCUCACCACCAACAGGAUGACGGUGGUGCAGUCGUACAUCUGCGAGAAGCUGUGCAAGGUGACCCCUCACUUCAGGGACAUCCCGGCCGAGGUCGGAGAGACGAUGAUCGAGGGCAUAUCCAUCAACAGCGCUUUCACCUCCAGGAUCAUGCCCUCCCUGGACCCGACGGGCCCUCCGAUGCAAGUGGGAAACAAGACGGAAUGCGCCCUCCUAGGGUUCGUCCUAGGCCUGGGGCAGAGCUACGAAGCGGUUCGCGAACGACACCCGGAAGAGUCGUUCACGCGCGUGUACACGUUCAACUCGGUUCGGAAGAGCAUGUCCACGGUCGUGCCGCACAAGGGCGGGUAUCGCCUGUACACCAAGGGUGCUUCCGAAAUUGUGCUCAAGAAAUGCGCGUUCAUCUACGGUCACGAGGGUCGCUUAGAGAAAUUCACGAGAGACAUGCAGGACCGGCUCGUGCGACAGGUCAUCGAACCCAUGGCCUGCGACGGACUCCGGACCAUUUCCGUGGCCUACAGGGACUUCGUGCCCGGAAAGGCUGAAAUCAACCAGGUGCACAUCGACCAGGAGCCGAACUGGGACGACGAAGACAACAUCGUGAACAACCUCACUUGCCUCUGCGUCGUCGGCAUCGAAGAUCCCGUCAGACCGGAAGUGCCCGAAGCCAUCCGCAAAUGUCAGAAAGCGGGCAUAACGGUCCGCAUGGUCACCGGCGACAACGUGAACACGGCUCGCUCGAUCGCCGUCAAGUGCGGCAUCCUCAAGCCCACCGACGACUUCCUCAUACUCGAGGGCAAGGAGUUCAACACUCGGGUGCGGGACGCCAACGGGGAGAUCCAGCAGCAUCUGCUGGACAAAGUGUGGCCGAAGCUGCGCGUGCUGGCCCGCUCGUCUCCCACCGACAAAUACACCUUGGUGAAGGGCAUGAUUGAAUCCAAAGCCUUCGACAAACGGGAGGUGGUGGCCGUCACGGGCGACGGCACCAACGACGGACCCGCGCUCAAGAAGGCCGACGUCGGAUUCGCCAUGGGCAUUGCGGGAACGGACGUGGCCAAGGAGGCCUCGGACAUCAUCCUGACGGACGACAACUUCUCCUCGAUCGUGAAGGCCGUGAUGUGGGGUCGUAACGUUUACGAUUCGAUCGCCAAGUUCUUGCAGUUCCAACUCACCGUCAACGUGGUGGCCGUCAUCGUGGCCUUCAUCGGCGCCUGCGCCAUUCAGGACAGUCCGCUCAAGGCGGUCCAGAUGCUGUGGGUGAAUCUCAUAAUGGACACCUUGGCGUCUCUGGCGCUGGCCACGGAGAUGCCGACCCCCGACCUGCUUCAGCGAAAGCCUUACGGCAGAACCAAGCCUCUCAUCUCCCGCACUAUGAUGAAGAACAUCCUCGGACAGGCGGUCUACCAGCUCUUUAUCAUCUUCUCUCUCCUCUUUGUCGGCGACAGGAUGCUGAACAUCCCGUCUGGGCGCGGCCAGGCCUUGGGCACCGAGCCCACCCAGCACUUCACCAUCAUCUUCAACACCUUCGUGAUGAUGACGCUCUUCAACGAGAUAAACGCCCGAAAGAUCCACGGCCAGAGAAACGUCUUCGAGGGCCUCUUCACCAACCCCAUCUUCUACUCCAUUUGGAUCGGCACCGCCUUCUCACAGGUCAUAAUAAUUCAGUUCGGCGGAAUGGCCUUCAGCACGGCGGGUCUCACCGUGGAGCAGUGGCUCUGGUGCCUGUUCUUCGGAGCCGGAACCCUCGUCUGGGGACAGCUCGUCACCAGCAUCCCCACCAGGAAGAUACCCAAGAAACUCUCUUGGGGCCGCGGCCAGCCGGACCCCGAGUCGAUCCAACCGGGGCCGGACUACGAUUCCGACCUCGACAAGAAGCCCCGAGCGGGGCAGAUCCUCUGGAUUCGGGGCCUCACGCGCCUUCAGACACAGCUUCGCGUGGUGCGCGCGUUCAAGUCGACGCUCGAGGACCUCGAGGAGCGCUUGUCCGCGCACUCGGCGGCCGGCCUUCGCUCGAGGCUGCGCGCGCCGCCGCAGGACAUCGCCUACAUCGACGCCGAUGACGUACCCGCCGCCGACCGUACUUAACCGCACCCAGGGUUGCCACCGAACACUCGAACCCGACGCCGGAUCGCGACACGCCCGGACGGAGACCGGACCGACGCGACGCGCAAAAAGUGCGACUCGGUCCGUUCUCGGUCUGUGUCGCUACGCGUUUGAACCUCCGAUGAGUUGCGACACGUUUCGAAGCCCAAAGGUUCAAACUCGUAAUUGACGAUUGCCGAGUCGCAUAUCUUGUGUUUGUGGUGUAUUAUUAUAUUCCACUUGUUUAUAUUAUUAAUGGUUCGUAACGCCUAAUGCAUUAUUGUUAAAGACGAUUUUUGGGAAGCCAACUCGUACUACGAAAGCGGUCUGCGAUUUAGAUAUUUUAUUAAAACGUAUUAAAACAGUUUAAAAUUUCGUUAUUUAUGAUAAAAUUAGGAUAAGCAUACUAGAGUUGGCAACCCUAUCGAAUGGCGUUUUUCUCGAGCGACUACGGCUCCCUCCCUCCCCUCACGUUUUCGAAACUUUACUCGACCGCGUCAGCGGCUAACGAACACUGCUAUUUUAGAGGUCUUAUUUGUAAAUAGGUUAGCUACUCGACGUAGCACCUCGUUUGUAUUGUGUAUGAGUGCGCUCGAAUCGGCUCUACAGCGUUAGCGCCUUCCUUAACAGCCGAACGAUUCGUUAUGUUUGAUAGAAAUCUUUGGGACCACUUUACCCAUAUCUACCUGUCCGAAAUAGCUACCUAGGUCGCUCUCGUACAAAGUUUACGGCGGCACGAAUGAGACGCUAUACGACUUAAUAUUAAAGUAUAUUUACAGUAAUAAAAGUUUAAGAUAAAAGAGAGUUUUAAUUGAGGGUAGUUGAUGUUUAGAGCUCGUUCUAUUUCAGAUGAUGACGGUAAGUGUAGGGUGACGUAGGAGCCACGCAGCGGUUACGGUCCGUACUAACAGUUAGUAGAUAGAAACGGGGUAGAUGCGUAACGUCGGUCAGCGAUAGAUUUGCUUUUUUAUGGGCAGGUUCAACGCUCUCGGUAACUUUUUCAUUUACAAAGGUUAGGAACAGACUAGUAGUGCCGCCUCACGCAGAACGCGAAAAUAAGUUUCUUACAAUACAUAUCCGUUGCUGACCGUACAGUGAGCAUGUCGUCUUGCACGUUGUUUGCCUUCGGUACAUACUCUAACGAAACACGACGAUACGUAAACUCCCCGCCAGAAUUGAGCUCCAGAACGUAGCUUGUUCACACAUGAGUCGUAUUUAUCACAUGACGAGAAACAGUCAAAAGCAUCUUGAAACUUAAAAAGACGAUCCGCGGGCCAGACUCCGAUCGACGCAUGUGUGAAGAAGGCUCUAGUAACACUUUGAACGUGUGCGUCAAAAGUUAGCUUGUAAGUGCAGAGUAUAUAUUGAAGAACAUGUUAUGUGGUACAAAACGUUGUUUUUACUUUCGUUUUAUAUUUUUUUAAUUCGCUUCGCAUUUAAAGUGUGAUCAUGCUUAUGUUACAGCGAUGUGCAUGACCGAUGUAUGUGAGUAUGCACAAUUGUAUUUUAUUAGAUGUUUGGUAGAGUUAAUAUUUAUGCGCUUAGAAUGUUAAUUUAUUUAGUCUCAAAAGUGAUUAAACCGUAUUGUUCAGAUCUGUCCUACCAAACCUCUAAAUUUAGUUUAAGCAGCUAAAACGAAUAAACAAAUGUAUGUAUGUCUCCACUACACCAAAUCUAGAAAGAUAAGAAACUAAUUUAUCAUUUUAAUAUGCUUUUAAUUUUUUUGUUUAUUUUUUUUUUAUGUUUUAACGUUGACUUGGUUGUGUAAGUACUUAUUCAUUAAGUUUUCUUUUCCGUUUUGAUUUAAUUGUAACGACUAACUUUACCGGCAUAUAAGCGACCAGUUAAAAACUCAUUUUAAUAAAUAUUUAUUUGAACAUUA